UCCCCAUCCUCCCCCCAUUACCGUCCUCCUCUGCUAAGUUGUAAGUAGGCAUAUUAGAAGAUAUUUUAUAUUUAAUAAUGAAUUUUAAUUUUCAUGUGUCAAUAUCCUGUAAUUCCUAAGUAAUAAAGUUGAUUUAAAAGCAUGCAUCCUAAAAGAAAAGAGUUAAUUUCGGGACCAAAUAAAAAGUUAACUGUCCCCUCUGCAUUGCAGGGAGAAUCAGGGAGAAAGAUCCACAUAAAACCUAAGAAGAGCCAGAACAGUUUUAGAAAAUCUGGAGUUUAUGUGUCUUCUCGGGUAGCCCCAAUUCUUGAAGUAUGGGAAGAAAAUACAUCUGCAACGGAUGAAAAAACUAAAAUGGAAAAUUUCCAUUCCGUGCCUUCUGAGGCUGCUGCUGAUGUUGGACCUUCCACUUCUACUGCUGACAGCCUGAAUGCUGCUGAGCCUGCGCAGACUAAGUCCACCAAGAAGGCUGCCAGUCUGACUGCAGUUGAGCCUGAGCCAACUAAGUCCACCAUUGCCGCUGACAGUCUGACUGCAGUUGAGCCUGCGCAGACUAAGUCCACCAUUGCCACUGACAGUCUGACUGCAGUUGAGCCUGCACUGACUAAGUCCACCAAGGAUGCUGCCAGUCUGACUGCAGCUGAGCCUGCGCAGACUAAGUCCACCAAGGAUGCUGCCAGUCUGACUGCAGCUGAGCCUGCGCCGACUAAGUCCACCAAUGCCGCUGACAGUCUGACUGCAGUUGAGCCUGUGCCGACUAAGUCCACCAAUGCCGCUGACAGUCUGACUGCAGUUGAGCCUGUGCCGACUAAGUCUACCAUUGCCGCUGACAGUCUGAUUGCAGCUGAGCCUGUGCCGACUAAGUCCACCAUUGCCGCUGACAGUCUGACUGCAGUUGAGCCUAUGCCGACUAAGUCCACCACUGCCGCUGACAGUCUGACUGCAGUUGAGCCUGCGCCGACUAAGUCCACCACUGCUGCUGCCAGUCUGACUGCAGCUGAGCCUGCGCCGACUAAGUCCACCACUGCCGCUGACGGUCUGACUGCAGAUGAGCCUGCGCCGACUAAGUCCACCACUGCCGCUGACGGUCUGACUGCAGAUGAGCCCGAGCUGUCCCUUACAUAUGCUGCUGACAGUACUGUGUCAGGUGACUCAGGACCAGCUAGUCACAUUGGAUUGGAUUAUGUAGUUGAUUUACCUCUUUACAAGGAGAGUACAAGGUACAAACCCCAUGCUGACCCAGAGCCCACUCCUGGUUCCUGCACUUGUUAUUCCCUUGAUUCCAUUCAAAUGACUAACCUGACUCUUUUGAUAUCCUUUAGUGAAGAAGAAAUAUUUUAUACUGCUUCUUCAGAUGAGGAAUCUUCUUUUAUUCCUGACAUAGAAGAAGGUCUGCCUGCUACUCAGGCACCUGUUGAUAAUUUUGAUGCUUCUGCGUCAGCUGAACCAAUAAACCACAGCAUGAACCCUCUCAGGGUGGGUGGAUAUCUUCGGGCACCAGCGAUAGCACACAUCCCCUUUUUGCCUUUUAUAUGGCUGGUAUCCUCACUUUUCUCUGUCAUAACAUGGAUGAAAAUCCAAAUUCAACAUGCAUGGCAUGAAGAAAAUGGCCAAGGAGCUCCCACUGACAAAAAAGUUGGAUCAGGUAAGUUAGACAAAAAUAGUAGCUUAAAAUAGAUGAAUUUUUUUCCCUUGAAACCUAGGUCUGUUUUGUUAAUAAAUUUCAUGCUUCUAUAGGGUUAUUCAUGAAUAACCUAGAACCUGAAAAUUUUUUUUCAAUUUAUAUAUUUUCAGUAACGUGAUAAAUCCAGUUUGGACAAAUACAAGUGACAUGUAAAACUGUUUUCUGAUUGGUUGUUUUCUAGUCUAGAAUGAGGAGAUUAUGGUCACUCCCAGUGAAGACCUUGUGUUUCCUGAAUGACUAAGCAGGGGUAACUUCCUGUUAAAUGUUAUUGUCUAUUUAAUGCUGUCAUUCUGAACUCUGACUUCUGAGGUUAGCAUAGCC